AUGACCGAAUUUACUAUUAAAAUCGAUCGUUUAACUGAACGUCUUCGUCGUGGUACAAUACAAUGUGAUCUUAUUGAACAACGAGCUUGUCUUGCUGAAGAACGUUUAUCAACACUCAAUCAAUCUGUACAAAGUCUUGCUCGUCUUAUUGAAGUUAGUCUUUUAAUACUUAUUUCGUCUGAUAAAGAAAAAUUCACAUGGAUACAAUUAAUUAAUAAUGAAAAUAAUCAAUUAACAAAUCCAAUGAUACAACAAUUUCUUUAUCGUCUUGAAUCUUAUUUGCAUCGAUCAAUAAAUGAUCAUGAAGAAAAACUAGAUUAUAUCAAAGCAUUAUCACUUGUUCAGAAACCUUCAUUUGUAUCAUCGAGUUUUUUUUUUAAAUAA